GGAAGAAGAACAUGAAACGUCAGUGUCCACACGUGCUAUUUAUUUAUUUUACAUUUUCCACCACACAAAGUUAAAUUUCAAUUUUAUUGCCAUGGAAGUGGACGAUUUAGGAGACUCUGAUCGGAAUGCCAUACAUACCAUACAAGCUAGACUUGUAUCUGACACUGGUGAAGAAGCGGGUCCACCGAUAGAUCUUCCAGUUGGCAUAACCACAGCACAGUUAACUCUCAUCUGUAACGCCCUUUUACAAAAUGAAGAACAGACGCCGUACUUGUUUUUCGUCAACGAAGAGGAGGUCAAGCAGUCUCUGGAGAAAGCGAUUGACAUCAAUAAACUGGACACAGAAGCGGUUAUUGAUAUUGUUUAUCAGCCACAAGCUCUGUUCAAAGUACGACCGGUAACACGAUGUACCAGUUCGAUGCCGGGUCAUGCCGAAGCUGUGGUGUCAUUAAAUUUCAGUCCAUGUGGUCAACAUUUAGCUAGCGGUUCCGGUGACACAACGCUCCGUUUGUGGGAUUUGAAUACUGAAACCCCACAUUUCACCUGUACCGGCCACAAGCAAUGGGUAUUGUGUGUUGCUUGGUCUCCCGAUAGUACGAGAGUUGCCAGUUCAUGUAAGAAUGGCGAGACAAGGAUUUGGGAUCCACACACUGGCAAACAACUCGGUAAACCGUUGUUGGGACAUAAAAAGUGGAUAAAUUGCCUCAGCUGGGAACCGUAUCAUGAUAAUCCCGAUUGUCGUCGUAUUGCCAGUGCUGGUACUGAUGGUGAUGUGAGAAUUUGGGACGUAGUACUCGGACACAGUGAGCGAAUAUUAUCAGGACAUACGGGAGGCGUUACGGCAGUAAGAUGGGGAGGUAGUGGUGUAAUAUUCACUUCGUCAAAGGAUCGCACCAUUAAAAUGUGGAGAGCAAGCGAUGGCGUUUUGUGCAGAACAAUGACCGGACAUGCACAUUGGGUAAAUAAUUUAGCGUUAAACACGGACUAUGUUCUGCGUACCGGACCCUUUCAUCCUGUCAUCGACAAAUUGAAGAAAUUUUCAAUGACCACCGAUAAAAAUGAAUUGAGAGCGGUGGCAUUGGAGCGUUACAAGAAAGUUUGUCCGGACGGUGUAGAAUCAUUGGUGUCCUGUUCCGAUGAUUUCACAUUGUACCUUUGGCGUUCAGAUUCAUCGAAAUGUGUGACUCGUAUGACUGGCCAUCAAAAUGUUGUGAAUGACGUUAAAUAUUCACCGGACGUUAAGUUCUUCGCAUCAGCUUCAUUCGACAAAUCUGUUCGACUGUGGCACGCUCAUAAUGGUGCUUUUGUCUGUACAUUCCGUGGACAUGUACAAGCUGUUUACACACUAGCUUGGUCAGCCGAUUCACGUUUAAUUGUAAGCGGCAGUAAGGAUUCGACGUUAAAAGUUUGGAGUGUUCAAACGAAAAAGCUGCUUCAAGAACUUCCUGGACACGCAGACGAAGUGUUUGCAGUCGAUUGGGCACCAGAUGGCUCACGUGUGGCCUCAGGCGGAAAAGAUAAAAUCAUCAAGUUAUGGGCCUAUUAAUCUUCAUUGCUGUACGAUCAGUUUUUUGUAAUCUUGAUCAAAUCUUCAAUUUUAAUUAAAAUAUUCUGCGAAACUUCCAAGCA